ACACGUGUUAGUGCGGAUGCCGUGGGAUUCUGUUGUAAUUUUUCGCUGUGGGUGAUUUGGUUUUAAUAUUUUUUUGUUUAUUUUUCUGCCGAUAAAAAUAAAUAAAAACACCGGUUUGAGAUGUUGAAGUCUAAGACGUUCGUAAAAAAGACCCGCUCCGGCGGGGUGAUGAAGAUUGUCCGUGAGCACUAUCUCCGGGAUGAUAUCUGGUGUGGAAGUGAAGUCUGUGAUUCGUGUAAGCAGGAUUCUCCCGUGCUGCAGCAGGACCCGUGCACAGAAAGCAGCCUUUGUAAAUGUCCUCACUACAUACUACCGGACACAAAUGUAGUUUUACACCAGAUUGACGUCCUUGAGGAUCCCGCUAUCACCAAUGUGAUCAUCCUGCAGACAGUACUACAAGAAACAAGACACAGGAGCGCUCCUGUGUACAAGAGAAUUAAAGACGUCAUCCAUAAUGUAGAGAGGCAUUUCUACACGUUCACCAAUGAACACCACAGAGAAACCUACAUUGAACAAGCACAAGGUGAAAGUGCAAACGACCGCAACGAUAGGGCGAUCCGUGUGGCGGCCAAAUGGUACAGUGAACACCUGGAAAAUGCCCAGAAAGAGGAGGGCUUCAAAAUUAUUUUACUUACGAAUGACAAAAAGAACAAAGAGAAGGCUGAAGAAGCUGGGCUGGUGGCAUACACAUGUGAAGAGUACAUCCAAAGUUUGGUUGCAAAUCCUGAACUGGUAGACCGCCUUGCUUCAACACCAGAUAAUGUGAAUGAGAUUGGAAGUGGUAAAAUAAUCUUUCAAGAGCAUCUUCCAUUGUCAAAGCUGCAGCAGGGAAUCAAAUCUGGAACUUACCUUCAAGGCACCUUCCGAUCUAACAGAGACAAUUACCUGGAGGCGACAGUGUGGGUCCAUGGAGAUACUGAAGAGAAUAAAGAGGUUCUUAUUCAGGGCCUGAAGAAUUUGAACAGAGCAGUCCACGAGGAUGUGGUUGCAGUGCAGUUACUGCCGAAAGACCAGUGGGUGGCACCAUCCUCUGUUGUACUUCAAGAUGAAGGGACUACAGAAGAUGAUGAUGAGGAAGAAAAAGAAAACUCACUUAAGAGUGUAGUGCAUGAGAGUAUGCUGAAGCCUACUGGAAAAGUAAUGGGCAUUAUCAAGCGGAACUGGAGACCUUACUGCGGAAUGCUUUCAAAGUCACAAAUUAAAGAGGCAAGAAAGCACUUGUUUACUCCUGCGGAUCGCAGGAUUCCUAGAAUCCGAAUAGAAACCCGACAAGCAUCUACCUUAGAAGGACAGAGGAUUAUCGUAGCAAUUGAUGGUUGGCCAAAAAAUUCUAGAUACCCCAAUGGUCACUUUGUGAGAAACUUGGGAAUUGCUGGUGACAAAGAAACUGAGACUGAAGUCCUGCUCCUUGAGCACGAUGUCCCUCAUCAGCCCUUUUCUCAAGCGGUCCUCAGUUUCCUGCCCAAGAUGCCAUGGAGAAUAACAGAAGAGGACUUUAAAAGCAGAACAGACUUGAGGCAUAUCGGCGUCUGCAGUGUGGAUCCACCGGGUUGCACAGAUAUCGACGAUGCACUGCACUGCAGAGAUUUAGAGAAUGGAAAUCUAGAGGUAGGAGUACAUAUAGCUGAUGUCAGCCAUUUCAUUCGCCCUGGGAAUGCCUUGGACCAAGAGGCUGCAAGCAGAGGGACAACAGUGUAGUGUGAAAAGAGGAUCGAUAUGGUUCCUGAACUGCUGAGCUCCAAUUUAUGUUCAUUAAGGUCUAAUGUGGAGAGGUUGGCUUUUUCUUGUAUAUGGGAAAUUAACCACGACGCUGAAAUUAUCAACACCAAGUUUACAAAAAGUGUCAUUAAUUCAAAGGCAUCUCUAACUUAUGCUGAAGCCCAGAUGAGAAUAGAUGACACCAGCAUGAAUGAUGAAAUAACAAGGAGUUUACGAGGAUUGAACAGACUGGCAAAAAUAUUAAAGAAGAAAAGGAUUGAGAUGGGUGCAUUAACCCUCUCCUCCCCUGAAGUCCGGUUUCAUAUAGACAGUGAAACUCAUGAUCCCAUUGAUCUACAGACCAAGGAACUGAAAGAAACCAACUCUAUGGUGGAAGAGUUCAUGUUGCUGGCAAAUAUAUCUGUUGCAAAGAAGAUCUAUGAAGAGUUUGCUGAGUGUGCCCUUCUCAGAAAACAUCCAGCCCCGCCUCCAUCAAACUAUGACAUGCUUGUUAAGGCAGCUAAAUCUAAGGACCUGGAUAUCCGGACUGAUUCUGCAAAGGCUCUUGCAGACUCUCUUGAUGCAGCCCAGGUGGUGGGCUUCCCCUACUUUAACACACUGCUGAGAAUCCUGGCGACUCGCUGCAUGAUGCAGGCUGUCUACUUCUGUUCAGGAAUGGACACUGACUUCCACCACUAUGGUCUAGCUUCUCCCAUCUACACACACUUCACUUCCCCAAUUAGAAGGUACUCUGAUAUAAUAGUACAUCGAUUACUGGCAGUGGCUAUUGGAGCAGACAUUACCUAUCCAGACCUAAUGGACAAACACAAGCAAGCAGCUCUGUGCAACAACCUCAAUUAUCGCCAUAAGAUGUCUCAGUAUGCCCAGAGAUCAUCAGUUGCCUUUCACACUCAGCUGUUCUUCAAAAGCAAAGGAAUUGUAAACGAAGAAGGCUUCAUUCUAUUUGUGAAGAAAAAUGCCAUAGUAGUUCUCAUUCCAAAAUUUGGGUUGGAAGGCACAGUCUUCUUUGAAAACAGAGACAAACCCAACCCAAGGCUGAGUUUCAAGGAGGAGAUACCCACACUGACUGUAGAAGACACUGUUUUUCGUGUGUUUGACAAGGUGACAGUGACCAUAAGCUUAGAUGCUUCAAAUGUUCAGCAUCAGAAGAUCAGAAUGUCCCUUGUGGAGCCUGUGAUUCCUGGAGUCAGUGUAUCUCCUCAGUCAAAUUGCAACAGCGAACCAGAUGCAAAGAAACCCAAAUUGGAAAGUUAAUUAUGGAGCUAAAGUAGCUUAACGCAGGAUUGUUUUCAAUUAAAGCUGCCCUUUAUCUGUUUUUCUUGAACAGAUAAUGUACAAACUUUUGUAUGAAAGUUAAUUGUAUAAUCAUAUUUUUGCUAGUCUUUCUUCAUCACAUAUUACUGUUACACUGUUGUUAGUUUUGACUUGAUAAAGGUAUAAUAACCUGC